UCAAACUGCGCAAUGUUUUUCUUGAAGUUUUUUGAUAUUCUGCGCUACAAUUUAACGGUUAUGCAAGCGAAUAAAGUAAAUUAACUAAAUAAAAAUAAACAAAAAACGAUAAAUAAUAAGUAUAAAUUGAUGAAUUUGUUAAUAAGUUAAAAGAAAAAUGUAUCGUUUAUUAACGAUCAAUCGCGUGGCCAUAGAAAAUUGUCGUUUAGCUGUGUAUGGACAUAAAAAACAUGUGGUGGGUCUCAAAGAUAUUGGUAGUGGUGGUGGAAUUGUUGGUAGACCUGAAGCAAAUGCAUUUCUAUUGCAACCGGCUAGAUAUCAAGCCAUAAACAAUGAUCACCAGAAAGCCGUUUAUUGUCAUCUGCAGCAAAACACGCAACAUUUCCAUUUCAAGAAACCUAUAGUUAAAAGCCAAGGAAUUGUUGAGAAUGUCUUAGCUACAACAAGUAGAGAUGCUGCAGCCUUAAUUUCAACUGUCCGUUUACAAUCCACAACACCAACAAAUGUUGAGGCGGCCGAAGUAAAAAAGAAGAAAAAAUUUCGAAAACCUCGCUACUCUAAAUAUGUGGAACAUUUAGAAGUGACCGAUACUGCCGCCAAUGAGCGUAAAUCUCGUGUUAAACGUUUAAAGGCCAAAAAGCUACAGGAUUUCAUUACCAAAACUCAACAGGAAAUUCUAAAGAAAAUAGCUAACAGAAAACAAAAGGCAAAACCCAAGACAACAGCAGAGAAAUUGAGUAAAACCGUAGUAAAGCCAGCUUCAACACUGCUACAACCCAUUGAGUAUCAAAAGAUUAAUAUGGAAGCUUUGGAUAGUAGUCUUUUGGAAGCCGGCUGUUAUGAUGAUAAACCCAUGAUUUUCUUUGGCAAAGAUGAAGAAAUGAAAUCGCAACAAAUUCUCAAUAAUCCUGAACAAAUACAACAAAUUAUUAAAAGUUUUCAUAAUUUUCGAGAUAUUAUUGAGAGUCUAGAGCAUGAUCAUAUUGAAAAUGAUGCCUAUAGUAUGAAUGCAGCAAAGCUUGCUUUGGAGGAAGACAUCGAUCCUUUAGACUCACCUGAACCUUACGUAUCACCCGAUAUCAUAGAUGGACCUGUUAUAAAAAGUCAACAAAAAAUAGCUACAGUUACAGAGAAAUCUAAACCCAGAUUUAAAUCCAAAGUCCAUCAUAAUGAACUGCAAGAACGUUUAGCCAAAGAAAGAGCCUUACGCCUUAAUCUCACUACGUAUUUAAAUGUUUGUGUUUCGGUGGGCUUACAAAAUCGCGGCCUCUCAACUCUGCUAACUUAUCGCCAAAGAGCCCAAAAACAUAGUGCUACAAAUAAUUUAAUCACCAUAGAUUUGUAUAAUAUUUUACUGCAUGGCUAUGCUGAAAAGGGAUCAUUUGAACGUUUUCGUGAUAUUUUCAAUUUGAUUGAAGAGGAUGGCUUGAAAUUUAAUGAACAAACAUUUGCUGCCAUCUUUGAGUGUUUGGGUCGUCUGGAAAUGUCACCGGAUAAUACGGAGAAAAUAAAAAUGUAUAUUAAAAAAGCUGAAGACAUGGGGUUAACACUAAAUCAAAUUAUGGAUAAAUCGAAAUUUAUAGCUGAUCAACGAGACAUUGCUUUAGAUGCCAUACAAAGAGUGCUGCCUGAAUUUGAACCUGUUUAUACACCUCCUGUUUUGGAAUACAAUAAUCCUUUACUCAACAAAUUAAAUGAAAAAGUUUUGUCUGCUGAUGAGAAAGUAUUUGAUAACAAAGCCUCAAAGGAUACUAUUGAUGGCUCUGAGAUUAUGAAUUCCAAAUUGGGCUAUAAUAAACAGCAAUUGGAGGAAAUGGCUAGGGAACAAUUAAAGAUUGAAUUGGAUGGUUGUAUAACAAUAAAGUCCAUUGAAAAAUCUAAAGAAUUUUCUAAUGCUGAACAUUGUCGUGAAAAGCUAAAGGAUUUAGAAACUUUAUGGCGUUCCCAAAUUAGCAAUGCUAUUGUUAGGGAUUUAAAUACAUUAAAGGCACAAGUACGCUAUAAACCCCAAGGUUAUAUGAAUUAUUAUACCUACUUAAAGACUUUAGAUACUUCAGAAUAUGCAGAUAUUUUAAUAAAAGAAAUCUAUAAAUUGGCCGAGGGUUCUGAAACUUUUAGUCCUACUGUAGGUCAAUUAUACAAAGAGUUGGGACAAAAAGUACAGCAACGUUACCAAAUUGAACAGAAAAAGAAGAAUGGUACCUUAGAAAAGAUAGGCGAUAUUUAUAGCGCUUACUGUGAUGUCUGGGAUCAUGGUAAUACCAGUGAUAAUACUCGACAAAUUUGGCAGCGUUUGGUGCAUAAAGAACGCAUAUCAGGACCUAGCAUGGAUAUAAGAGAAGUAGCUUGGCCUUCGAAUGUGUUGACGGGUGUUGGACGUUUUCUGUAUAAUAUAUUAAUGCGUGACAUUAAAAUUGAUGCUUUUGUUAUGCGCCAAAAACAAAAGACUAAACAACAAAACUUGCUACCAGCCUUCUAUACUUUAUUCCGCAAUCAGGGUAGAUUGGUUAAGGAAGAGGUUAAACCUCAUCCGGUAUUGGCCAGAUUAUUACGAGCUUCACGCCAACAAACUUUAACAUUUGAUUCGAAUCUUGUACCUAUGCUUUGUCCGCCACAACCCUGGAGUACUCCACAUAAUGGUGGAUAUCUUUUAAAUAAAUCUGAUUUAAUUCGUCUACCUCAUCAAGCCAUACAACAAUGGGAACGUAUUAAUAACAUGCCCUCACAAAAUAUAUAUCCUGCCCUAGACUCUCUAAAUCAAUUGGCUAGCAUACCCUGGCGAGUAAAUACAGAUAUAUUAGAUGUAAUAAUCGAAGUUUUCCAAAAUGGUGGCAAUGAUAAAUUGGAUGUACCACAGCCUCCCAGUUCUCUGCCAGCCCUACCAUCCAUACCUGAAAAAGAUGCCACAAUAACGAAUGCAGAACGCGCCAAAUUAUUUAAAGAAAAAAUGGGUCAUAGACGUAAACAAGCUGAAAUGUACAGUUUAUGGUGUGAUACUUUGUAUCGUCUGUCUCUAGCAAAUCAUUACCGCGAUAAAGUUUUCUGGCUGCCGCACAAUAUGGAUUUCAGAGGUCGUGUUUAUCCCGUACCACCUCAUCUCAAUCAUUUAGGUUCUGAUCUGGCACGUUCUAUGCUUAUUUUUGAUCAGCCUCAACCUUUAGGUGUGGACGGUUUUAGUUGGCUAAAAUUACAUUGUAUUAAUCUCACUGGACUUAAGAAACGUGACUCUGUUAGAGAACGUCUGCUGUAUGCUGAAGAAGUUAUGCCAGACAUAUUAGAUUCUGCAGAUAAUCCACUUAAUGGUCGCAAAUGGUGGACCAAAUCUGAUGAACCUUGGCAGACAUUGGCUUGUUGCAUGGAAAUUGCUAAAGUAUAUAGAUCACCAAAUCCCGAAGAGUAUUUAAGUCGUUUUCCCAUACAUCAAGACGGCUCAUGCAAUGGUUUGCAACAUUAUGCUGCUUUGGGUCGUGAUAAAGCUGGAGCACAUAGUGUGAAUCUAGCACCGGCACCUAUACCUCAAGAUGUUUACAGUGCUGUAGCGUCGUUGGUUGAAAAGACCCGUAAACAGGAUGCUGAAAAUGGUCUUCAUGUAGCGCAGGCGCUGGAUGGUUUUGUGAGGCGUAAAGUUAUUAAACAAACUGUGAUGACUACUGUUUAUGGAGUGACCAGAUAUGGCGCUAGAUUACAAAUUGCUAGACAACUAAAAGACAUUGAUGAUUUCCCCAAAGAUUGGGUAUGGCCUGCAUCCACCUACUUGACCACCAAAACAUUUGAAAGUUUGCGUGAAAUGUUUACCUCUACCCGUGAAAUACAAGAUUGGUUUACGGAAUGUGCCCGCCUUAUAUCGGGUGUAUGCGGUAAGAAUGUAGAAUGGGUAACACCUUUAGGUUUGCCCGUAGUACAGCCUUACAAUAGACAAGAAUUCAAACAUACCCAAAGAACAAAUAUACGAGUAUCAGAAACCAUGGCUACCGAUAUGUAUGAGAAACCCAAUGUUAUGAAACAGAAAAAUGCCUUCCCUCCCAAUUUCAUACAUUCGCUGGAUUCUUCACACAUGAUGUUGACUUCGCUGCACUGUGAACGUGAGGGCUUAACUUUCGUUUCGGUGCACGAUUGUUUCUGGACACAUGCCUGCACCGUGCCGCAGCUAAAUAAAAUAUGUCGAGAACAAUUUGUUGCCUUACAUUCUCAAGCUAUUUUAGAAGAUCUAUCUCAGUUCCUUAAGGAGAAAUACAGUUUCAAAGAAAGUGAUUUUUCUCAUGAUGAUUCCGCCGAAGAUCUUUCGAAACGUCAUUUAAAUCGUGUGCUCUGCCAAAUGCCUCAAAAAGGUGAUUUCGAUUUACGCAAUGUUCUUGACUCCAUAUACUUUUUCAGUUGAACAGUACAUAUUUUUAGUUAGUUAUUUAUUGGCUAUUACAAUUAGUAUUUUGUUAUUAGUUUUUUCUAAGCAUUAUACAACAGAAAUUUCGAAACAAUACAAGAUUCUUGAAAUUUUUCUAUAAUUUUUUUGUAUUACACAAAAAAUAAAACUAAUUGGUUAAGUAUUUUUAUGAGAAAAUGUUCUUUGUAAGAAUUUAUUUAUAAAAAAAAAAAUUAA